AUCCCCUUCCCCUGACCCAGCCAUGGCAGAGAAUGAUGUGGACAAUGAACUCCUGGAUUAUGAAGAUGAUGAAGUGGAGACAGCAGCUGGGGGUGAUGGUGCUGAGGCCCCUGCAAAGAAAGAUGUCAAAGGUUCCUAUGUCUCCAUCCACAGCUCUGGCUUCCGUGAUUUUCUACUUAAGCCAGAGCUCCUCCGGGCCAUUGUAGAUUGUGGCUUUGAGCAUCCAUCUGAAGUCCAGCAUGAGUGUAUUCCUCAGGCCAUCUUGGGAAUGGAUGUCUUGUGCCAGGCCAAGUCAGGCAUGGGAAAGACAGCUGUGUUUGUGCUGGCCACGCUGCAACAGCUGGAGCCAGUCACCGGUCAGGUUUCUGUGCUGGUAAUGUGUCAUACUCGGGAGUUGGCCUUUCAAAUCAGUAAGGAGUAUGAGCGCUUCUCCAAAUACAUGCCUAAUGUCAAGGUGGCGGUAUUUUUUGGUGGUCUUUCAAUAAAGAAGGAUGAGGAGGUGCUGAAGAAGAACUGCCCACACAUUGUCGUGGGGACUCCAGGCCGUAUCCUGGCCCUGGCCCGAAAUAAGAGCCUCAAUCUCAAACACAUUAAACAUUUUAUCUUGGAUGAGUGUGACAAAAUGCUCGAACAACUCGACAUGCGUCGGGAUGUCCAGGAAAUUUUCCGCAUGACCCCCCAUGAGAAGCAGGUCAUGAUGUUCAGUGCCACCCUGAGCAAAGAGAUCCGCCCUGUCUGCCGCAAGUUCAUGCAAGACCCAAUGGAGAUCUUCGUGGAUGAUGAGACGAAGCUGACGCUGCAUGGGCUGCAGCAGUACUACGUGAAGCUGAAGGACAAUGAGAAGAACCGAAAACUCUUCGACCUCCUGGAUGUUUUGGAGUUCAACCAGGUGGUGAUCUUCGUGAAAUCUGUGCAACGCUGCAUUGCCCUGGCCCAGCUCUUAGUGGAACAGAACUUCCCAGCCAUUGCCAUCCAUCGUGGGAUGCCCCAAGAGGAGAGGCUGUCCCGGUAUCAGCAGUUUAAGGAUUUCCAGCGUCGUAUCCUUGUGGCUACUAACCUUUUUGGCCGGGGCAUGGAUAUCGAACGAGUAAACAUUGCUUUCAACUAUGACAUGCCAGAGGACUCAGAUACCUACUUACAUCGGGUGGCUAGGGCAGGCCGGUUUGGUACAAAGGGUUUGGCUAUCACAUUCGUGUCAGAUGAAAAUGAUGCCAAAAUCCUCAAUGAUGUCCAGGAUCGCUUCGAGGUCAAUAUCAGUGAACUGCCUGAUGAGAUAGACAUUUCUUCCUACAUCGAGCAGACUCGGUAGAGGCCUUGGCCGUCCCUGGAGUAUGAUACCCUCUCCCUCCCCAGGAGCCGAACACCCGGGCGUGGGGGUGAAGGAGACACUACUGCCACCUACCCCCAGCCUCCCGCCCCAACGGCCCUGUUCACGUCAUCCCCCAAAAUCCCUCAUUGAUUUGCCCUGUCGGAUUUUUUUUUAACAAAAACUAAAAAUGAAACAAAAAAGUGUCUUGAGCAUUUGUGAGGGUUUUGUUCCUUUAUUUGAGGGGUGGCAAUGGGUGGUAUCUUUUCCUCUUCAACUUUGGGGGUGGAAUGGAGGUCACAGGGGACUGGAAAUAGGAUUAUUGUGAAGGAAUUCAGUUUACUAGAGACUAGCUUAUCCUUAGUACCCCUUCCCAUUCUUAGCCCUCCUCAAGAGAGCAUUCCUAUUUCCCCUCAUUGGGUGUUCUCUCUGCUCCAGGAAAGAAGGGAACAGGAUAGGACCCUGGAGGGGGCAAAGGGGUUCUUAGAAAUGUUGACCUGGGUUCAGCCAUUGAAGGAAGGUAAGGGAAGGUUCCUUCAAGCAUCACCUCCCAGGCUUUCUCGGUGCCGCCUCAUUUGCUCCUUGAGCUUCUGGAUCUUGAGCACAAGGGCCUGAGCUUCCCAUGCCCCUUCUUGCCCCUCCAGCAGGGCUUGGUACAGCUCUAACUGCUGCUCAAGCAGUUCUUCUGCCUGGGCCAACUCCGCUCUUCUGUGGCCUGGACCCUGGGGGAGGAUGCAGAGGGUUCAGACCAACUUUCUGGGCUAUGAUGCUCAGUUUACUGGGGAGAAAAACAGCUGCUUCUUCACGCUCCCAAACCACCCCAUAAUUAUCUUCUUUCUUAGGAUUGAUAGAUACUAAACAUCUGGUUCUAAGAAUAUGCUAAGUGAUAAGGGCAAGGUGAUUAGGGUUGUUACUUGGCCAGGGUCACACAGCUUAGGAAGGCCUGUGUUCAUAUUUGAACCAGGACCUCCCUUCUCCAGGUCUGUGCUCUCAGGAAUCCCAGCCUGGCCUCCUGCUAUAUAGUAGGACAGUGGAAGGGGCAUCUGAAACUCUACUCUGACAGAGAGGGCCAGCUGAUGUAGAAGGCAGUCAAGAGCAGGGCACUAUAGGUGUGUCCUCUCCCUGCAUAGUCACGGCCCAGGAGCCUCAAAGUCAAGCACCCCAACGUAUGGGGAGAAGGGUGAGCUCUCCUGUAAGGAGCCAUUGUUCACAAGGAGCCACCGAGGGUGAAUUAUGCUUGCAGGCAAAUGGAGAAACCAGUGGGAACAGAAGCCAUCCCUUGCUCCCAGGAGAACAUCUUAUUAAGUAACCAUUCCGUAACCAUUCCGUAUGCGAAGGCUACAAAUAUGGGAACAAUACAGAAUGUAUUCUCCAGGGUUUUAAUCCAGUCCUGGGAGUGGAAGCAAUGUCAACAGGCCACCUAGGAUUCCCAGCAGAACAAGAUUAGUUUUUAUUCUUCUAACGGUAUUACCAGAAAUGGCAAGAUGGAAAGAUUAUUUUGAGCUGGGCACGAUGGGUGGAGCUUUUAUUGGGGGGAAGAUAUGGCCCUGGAAUUGGGUCAGCAUGAAUGAGGCGGGAGAGUGCAGGAAGAGCCUGCUGAGUAGUCAGUAGUACAGGGUGGUGGGAACACUACGUCCCAGAAGAGUAGUAUCACCUCAGGCUUGAUAAGGGACACACUAGCCAAGAUUCCAGAGAGGCUGGGAAAGGUAUGUGGGAGGGGGAAGCCCUGCAGCUUCCUUUUCCUGACCCAUUUGGAAAGCUGCCUUCCUGACCAGUUCGCAAAACGCCUACCCUGAAGCUACCCUGUCCUGGGAGCAUUCUGGACUGGCCUCGUGGGUAAUCUAGUGUUCGAAAGUUACCUCCAGUCUCCCUGAAGUCGAUUUCUUAACAACAAGCUUCUCCAAGAAGAUUUUCCAGGGAUGACUGCCUACAAUUAAAAGACUAAAACUGUGCCAUGAGACAUCAGACCUGGACUUUGCCGACCUGCCAUAUUGUUGAGAAUUGCUCAGAUGGUAUUGGUGAGAAGUGAAUGGGGAAUAUUGUUCUGCAGUUUCCUAGAUUUACUUUGUUUUACUUUGGAGUGUCUAAUUGCUUAUUUAAUUCUUGACAUUUCUAUAUGUGUUUGCAUGCUGUCCCCCCCAUAGCCAGACUUAGAUAAAUUGUAUAAAUUGGAGACUCCUUGAGGGCAGGGGCUUUUGCCUCUUUUUGUAAUCCCAGCACUUUGCACAGUACUUGGAACAUAGUAUGCACUUAAUAAAUGAGUUCCUAAGGA